CCAAUCAAAACACCCAGAAGAAGAUAAGCCCAAGGUCCUACCAAAUCUUGGACAGAAAAUUGUUUGCAAGGGUGUAUUUAGAAAGAUUAACAAUUUUCAUUUACCGGAUAAGGUUCAUUAAUGGCAGGAACAGCGACACUGUCAGCAACAGAGUCCGCCAUUGUUUCCACCACCAAGCUCAACGUCCUCCUCCACACAUCAUGCUCAAACCCAUUUUCUGCGAAGCUCUCAUUCCCUUACCGUUCCCACAAAAUCGGCAUUUGCCAUCGUAGCAAGCCGAGUAAUUCAACCAGUGAAGGAGCCCAGGAGAUCAUCGAUGACGAAGCUUUCUUCUUUGACGGUGAUGGUUUGGCAGAGGACGAUGAGACCGAUGAAGAAGAUGAUGAUGCGGAAAGCAGUAUUGAUUUGUUGUUAAGGUUUCUGCAAAGCAUGUUCAAGAAGAUCUCCAAGCGUGCCAAGAAGGCUACACGCUCUGUUUUACCCGCGGCAAUCCCGACCCAGCUGGUGUCUUUUGCUGUUGAUGGAAUUCUACUAUUGGCUUCACUUUCAAUUAUUAAAGCAUUUCUUGAGGUGGUUUGCACCCUUGGAGGCACUGUAUUCUCGGUGAUCCUUCUCCUUCGAGUUAUCUGGGCAAGCCUUUCCUAUUUCCAAUCAAGUGGGAGUAUUUUUAAUCAGAGCGGAAGCUCCUUUGGAACAACACAACCGAUAACAUAAUCUAAUUCCUGCUUAAAGCUCUCUCCCUUAGAAUUACUCAGAGAAUGCUCACUCUAAGUUCUUAUGUAUAUAUACAUAUAUAUACACCCAGUUGGAGGAACUAAAAUGUAAACACAAGGCUUGGUCCAAAUCCUAGGCAGUCGGUGCAAUGGGUUUAUUGCUUCUCAAACUUCAAUAUAUUAAGAAAAGUUACAGGACCAAAUGGAAUGCCACAGCCACAAAGCAAAGCAUAUAUGAGUAGGCAUAGGCCUAUCAUUUUGCGACAGAACUUAGUCCCUGAAUUAUUUUACUAGGGUCUGAAUUGCUACUUUAGUUUCCUAUAAAAUAAAUAUUCUUUAUUUAACCGAUA